AUGGUUAUCAUUUACUAUUCUUCAAUUCAUCCGAUUCGACGGCAGCCGGUGGCUUUCUCCGUACACCUCUUCAGCUCCGUCGCCGGCGGCGGUGCAUUCUUUCCACAACUCUCCGUUUCGAGUCUCCACUUUCGAGCUCGUUUCAUUCUCUACUGCCGCUUCCACCUGGUUCCGCUUCGCCGAUCAGAUAUCCAAUUGUGGAAUGCGUAUAAUGUGAAUGGGAGGUGGUUUUCAAGUGAGGCAAUGGCUGAUGUUGCAGCAGGGGGUAAUGGUAUAGUUGGUGUACCAUUGGCUCAAACCGGUGAAGGCAUUGCCGAAUGAGAGCUCCUCAAAUGGUUCGUGCGGGAGGGGGAUCAAGUUGACGAAUUUCAGCCACUUUGUGAAGUGCAAAGUGACAAAGCAACCAUCGAAAUAACAAGCCGUUAUCUGGGGAAAGUUUCUCAGCUUCUCUAUGUUCCAGGUGACAUCGUCAAGGUUGGAGAAAUUCUUUUAAAGAUGGCCGUCGAGGAAUCUCAGGUUCCAAAGCAGAUUUGUGAGAGUUUGGAAAACACUAAGUUGCUAGAUUCUGAGCUGAACACACAUAACAUAGGCGGAGUUUUAUCGACACCUCCUGUUCGGAACCUUGCAAAGCAAUUUCAUAUAGACAUAAAUGAAGUCUGUGGAACUGGUAAAGAUGGGAGAGUGUUAAAAGAAGAUGUCAUUAAAUAUGCUGCCCAGAAGGGAAUCAUUGAAGUUCCUUCUGUCUCCUUGAGUGCUAGUCCCGAGAAAGCUUUGGGAGGAGAAGAUAGUUACGCACAUACUUCAGCUGAAUCGCGAUGGAAUUAUGACGAUAAGACAGUUACCCUGAGGGGAUUUCAGCGAAGAAUGGUUUAAUCAAUGAGCAUGGCUGCAAAAGUUCCACAUUUUCAUUAUGUUGAGGGUAUAAAGUGUGAUGCACUUGUGGAGCUGAAAAAUUCUUUCCAAAGUAAUAAUACCGAUUCAAAUGUCAAGCACACUUUCCUUCCAUUAUUGAUGAAGACUCUCUCAAUGGCCAUGAACAAAUAUCCCCUGAUGAAUAGUAGCUUCAAUGAAGAGUCACUCGAGGUCACCCUCAAAGGUUCCCACAAUAUCGGAAUUGCCAUGGCUACUCCAUAUGGUCUAGUUGUACCAAUCAUAAAGAAUGUUCAGUCUCUUUCUAUUUUGGAGAUAACAAUGGAACUUUCACGGUUACUACAACUUGCAUUGGAAAACAAGCUCAAGCGUGAAGAUAUAUCUGACGGAACAAUAACUUUAAGUACUAUUGGAGCAAUUGGUGAAUAUGGUUCGCCUCUUCUCAACUUACCUGAGGUUGCCAUUAUUGCAAUUGGACGAAUGCAGAAGGUUCCACGAUUUGCAGAUGACGGAACUUUACAUCCUGUCUCAGUUAUGACGGUCAAUAUAGGCGCAGAUCAUAGAGUGCUGGAUGGAGCAACUGUUGCCAGGUUCUGCAACGAAUGGAAACAAUUUAUAGAGAAUCCAGAGCUGCUGAUGUUGCGUAUGAGAUAGAUCACUGUUUGUCGGUCGAUGCCUGCUGCCUGAGAAUAUGCGCUUCUCUACGGACUGAAUUCACUGUUGACUUUGUAUAGUUCGAUUUCAAGGCUGUUUACAAGCAAAACAGCCGGCUCAAGAGUAGGUUUUAUUUUAAUAAAUAAUUUAAAUGUACACUGUUGACUUUGUCUAUUAUUUGUUAUAAAUAUAUUUAUAUCACUA